UCCAAUGCAGUCAUUAUUCCUCCUGCUCUUUUCUCCCUCGACCAGGUGAGAGGAUCCUGGGUUACGCCAAAGAGCCUUGUUACCUGUGGUUCGUCAUGGAGUACUGCGAAGGGGGAGACCUGAACCAGUACAUUCUUUCCCGCAGGCCCGACCCGGCCACCAACAAGAGCUUCAUGCUCCAGCUGACCAGCGCCAUUGCAUUCCUGCACAAAAACCACAUCGUGCACAGAGACCUGAAGCCGGACAAUAUCCUGAUCAGCGAGCAGUCGGGAGCUCCGGUUCUCAAAGUCGCAGACUUUGGGCUGAGCAAAGUGUGCGCGGGAUUGACCGCCCGAGGCAAAGGCGGCGGCGGCGACGAUGACGACGACAAAAAUGUGAAUGUGAACAAGUACUGGUUGUCCUCGGCUUGCGGCUCAGAUUUCUACAUGGCUCCCGAAGUGUGGGAAGGACACUAUACGGCCAAGGCGGACAUCUUUGCGCUGGGCAUCAUCAUCUGGGCCAUGAUCGAGCGGAUAACCUUCAUCGAUGCCGAGACCAAGAAGGAACUCUUGGGGACUUACGUCAAGCAGGGGAGCGAGAUCGUCCCUGUCGGGGAAGCGCUGCUAGAAAACCCAAAGAUGGAGUUGCACAUUCCUCAAAAACGCAGGACUUCCAUGUCUGAAGGAAUCAAACAGCUCCUGAAAGACAUGCUGGCUGCUAACCCGCAAGAUCGACCGGAUGCCUUUGAGCUUGAAUCCAGGAUGGACCAGGUUACUUGUGCUGCUUAAAACUCAGGUCAAAGUGUUGGUGGGCUCUGAAAACAGGGAUUUUUUACAGGGACCUGGACUCUCCCCGAAAUACAUGCAAACUUAAGAAGCGACUGACAAAAGACACCACAUUCUCUGGUAUCGUGAAGCAAGCUUUGAAACUUGUCUGGAAGCCCCAGGAGAUUCAAGGAGGACAGGAGCUGCUGCAACUACUUCAUUAUAGGACUAUUAAAUUCUCUUUUUUAUUUUUAUUAUUAUUACAUUUCCCCCCUUCCUUUUUUUCCCCCUGCCAGCUCAGCUUUCCCUGUUCAUUGGAUCUGCGCAAUUCAUCUGGAAUUCCUCUUUCACUCAAAAUACUGG